UGUUGGCGAUUUGACUGCGUGUAUUGUUUAGAUUUAUAUUUUUAAGAUAAUUAAAUUUUAUUAUUAUAAUAAAACAAAAUGCUUAAUAGUCACAAUUAAAUAUUAAAGUUAUAAAGUUUUUUCCUGAAUAGUACCUAUCACAUCUAUAAUGGCUAAUGUAAGUGAAGUGGAGGCGAUGAGAGACGAAACGAACUGUGAAGGAAACGAAAAAGAAAAUUUAAACAUUAAAGAAGAAGUUGUUAUAAGUGUUAAACGCGAAGAAGUUGAGUGUGCAGUGUGCUUAGGCCGAAACAUAGACUACUUAGAGCUCAAUAAAACAAAAACUAUGGCAGGGACUUCUCUCAGUGUUUUCCUUUCCAGGUACACUCAACAAUUAAAUUUGGCUCUCAUCAACGCCAAAUAUAUAUGUAAAGAGUGUUCUGAGCUUAUAAAUGUAUUAGAAAAUGCCGAAUUAGAGUACAUGAAACUCAAGGAACAUUUUGAGUCUGUUAUUAGUAAAAAUCCACUAUUUGAGGUGCAGCAAUUGAGCACACUAGCUAUAGUCAAAGAAGAAGAGAACAUACAUGAGUCUCAAUACAGAAGUGCUAAUAAUUCGGACUCUGAAGAUCUACCUUUAAUACUGACAAGAAAGAGAAAGACAAGAAAGAAAUUGGUUAAGAAAAGAGCUGUAUCAAAUAAACAAGUCAAGAAAAAGAACACUAGAAAGAAUAAUAGAGAAAGACUUGUACAUGCAGAAUGUGAUUCAGCAGUUGAAACAGAGGAACAAGAAGCCACACCUUGUGCCUUAAGCAAUACUUUACAAGUUGAUGACAUUAAGACCGAGGACAGUCAUGACAAAUCAAACAGUGAAAAUAUGUAUGACACAAUGUUUAAAGUGGAAGAUGAUGGAUUUGAUGAUGAUGAUACAGAUUACGUUCCCGAAGAGCAAGGUGAAGAAAAGAGAAAUGUAAAGUUGGUGAGGAAACAUCGACCAAAAAAUAAAUGUAACCACACAUGUGAUGUCUGUGGGGCGCGCUACACCUCCCUGGUACGGCUGGAACAGCACAAGCAGAAGCACGGCGACACCAAGCCGCCCUACAUCUGCGAGGUGUGCGGCGCACACUACAAGCACAAGCGGGCCUGUGACAUCCACGUGGCUCUGCACAAGGGUAUCAGUGACUGGAAGUGUGAGGAGUGCAACAAGCUGUUCCCGUCUAAGUGUGCGCUGCGGAGACACAACAACAUCCACACCGGGAAACUCAACUACCAGUGCGACCUGUGCGGCAAGUCGUUCAUCCACACGUCGUCGUUCAAGAUGCACAAGCUGUCUCACUCCGGCGUGAAGCCCCACUCGUGCGACGUGUGCGGGCUGGCGCUAAUGACUCGCUCGCACCUCAAGCGACACAAGCGGGUGCACUCGGGCGAGAAGCGGCACGAGUGUGCCGUUUGCGGCAAACGCUUCUCGGAGAGGUACAACUUGUUGGCGCACAGCAAGUCCCACGAGCAGACAGAGGUCCCGGCGCCGCGCGACCGUCGCCGCACGUUCCGCUGUCCCUACUGCCCCGAGCGUUUCGAGCGAAGGUACAUGUUGGAGCGGCAUACGAGCGUGGUUCACGGUCGUACCCUGGAGCGACCGCCGCCCACUCCGCGGAACACCAUGAGCAAGCUGCUCAAGGCACAGGCGCAGCGACGUGCUCCCGCUGCCGCCACGCCUCCAGCUGAUUCCGACAGUCAAAAGCAAUCAAAAAGUCCAGAGUCAACAACAAAGUCGGAGCCUGUUGCGUCAAAAUUAGUCUCUCACUUGACGUCGUCGGAUGCUCUCACUGCGUGGGCCAGCGCCUACACGGCUGAGUUCUCUCUGCGGCACGACUACCCUCAGUGAUGCCGCCGCCUACGAUAAGGCCGGCUACACAGACAUGAGGCCGACACCACACACCCUUCUCUCUCACUCGCUUCGCUACAUACACUCUUUCUCUUUCGUUUCAUAGCUUUCAUUCGACGUCGAUGGUUAUAUGGACCGGGCCCAACGUACUGGCAAAGUGUCUUACGCUCUAUGUUUUUAAAUUGAAAUCCACCGACCUGUAUAAAUACCACUGGACGUGUCCAGUGUUAUUUAUACAAGUCGCUGUUGUUGAACAGCCUGCUGUUCCAUAUGUUUGAUCGCAAACUUUUUGUGCCUAUUUGAAUCGCCACUCGAGAGCGUCCAGAGAACUAAUUUUGACGUAUAAUACAAAUGACUGCGAAGGAACGUACAAUACUCUGAAGUGUUUUUGCAUUUUGAAUUAAUUUCGUUCGUUUUCCAUGUUAUUUAUACGUCAAGAAUCCACGUAAGAAGUACACAUUUUUUUCGUAAAUAGUUUUCCACGAUCUAUCGCUGAGGUUGUCAUCACUAGUUUUAGUACCGCAGACUCUUGCUAUGGCCAACAGCGCCAAAAUGGCGAAUAUCAAACAGGCACAAAAGCACUUUCACAGCCGCAAGUCCAGCGGUAUAUAUUAUAGGUCAGUGUUGAAAUCUAAGAUAAUUUAUACGUCUAGAUAGUGUCUUGCUAUUGGACAACCGAUAUCAAAUCAGGCCAGUUUAAAUACUUAUUAGUGUGCAUAUUCAAAGUGCAUCAAAAUAGGGGUAAACUCUAAACUCAAUUUUUUUCACAGCGCUCAUGGUCUAUCUAGACGUAUAAAUAAUCUAAACUUGAAAUUAUAAAAUGUGGCGCUUUAAGCGAUGUUGAUAUGAGUAUAGUCAAUAGAGAAAAUAAACUAAAAUUGUCACUUGCACUAUAGUUAGUAGAAAAGUAAAGUAAAAGAUAAUUAUCGCCUUUAAUUCCGUUGUUCGAUUGAACUUACCAGUGGGAGGCUCCUUUGCACAGGAUGCGGGCUAGGUUAUGGGUAUUACAACGACGCCUAUUUCUGCCAUGAAGCAGUAAUGUGUAAACAUUACUGUGUUUCGGUCUGGUAGGGUGAAAUUACUUGGCAAAUUAGACUUAACAUCUUAUGUCUCAAAAUGAAGAGCGCAAUUGUAGCGCCGCUCAGAAUUUUUGGGUUUUUCAAGAAUCCUGAACGGAACUACAUUGGAAUGGGCAGGGCGUAUCAAUUUCCAGCAGCUGAACGUGAAACUCGUCUUGUCCAUUUUUUUUAACUAAAGAUUUAGACAUUAUUUUUGUAAGUUAGCGUGGGAGUAUGAGGCAGCAAUAUGGUGUAACUAAGAAAGAAUGAUGAGUGACGACAUUUUAGGUUCUCUUCUCAUUGUCUCGGGCUAUACAGUACUGUUACAAUUGGUUCCAAUGUGGUUUAUUACAAAGACAAUAUUUACUUUUUAAAUAUUAUCAAAUGUAAGUACUGUAUAUAUUGUUGUUAUAAACAAAUCAAUAUUGAUCGACGUAUACUUAUUGUUUUGUAUUUUGGCUAUAUUUAGUUAUUUUGGAUGUACUCAGGAAUUGUCUUCCUUGUUAAAAACAAGUAUCUUCGAUCAAAUAUGUAUUAGAUUAAGUAAAUAAUGGCCUUAAUUGUUCGUCUUUUUUUUAAUGCGGUUAACCACGGUCGACGUGCGGACUCGCUAUAAUUUCACCAGUGUGAGGCUCCUUUACACAGGAUGCCGGCUAGAUAAUGGGUACCAAAACGAGGCCUAUUUCUGCCGUGACACAGUAAUGUGUAAACAUUAUUGUGUUUCGGCCUGAAUGGCGCCGUAGCUAGUGAAAUUACUGGGAAUAUGAGAUUUAAUAUCUUAUGUCUCAAGGUAACGAGCGCAAUUGUAGUGCCGCUCAGAAUUUUUGAGGUUGUUCUGAAAUCCAGAGCAGCAUUGCAUUGUAAUGGGCAGGGUGUAUUAAUUACUAUCAGCUGAACGUCCUUCUCGUCUCGUUCCUUACUGUCAUAAAAAAGGUGUUUUUAAAGAACUGCAAGGUAAAUUACCGUUACAGUAAAGACAUAUAAGUUUCUGUUUUACAGUACUUAGAAAUCAUUGUUAAACAAUAAACAACAAAUAUUUCGUCGUCUGGCCAAUACGCGUAUAAAGAAUAGUCUCAGCAAACAUUGGGCUCACAUCUAGGCACAUCAACGAGACAGUAACAUUGCUUUAUACUUAUAGAAAAGGCAUUUAUUUUCUCAAAAUUGAUUCCUUAAAAAUUUAUUUUUGAUGUCGUUUCUAAUAUACUAGAUACUACUACGGUUUCGGAAACAAAUGGCGCUCUGAGAGAGAAGAAGCGGCGCAAGAAACUCUCCCAGCAUUCUUUUUUUUUGCGCUCUUUUUAUUUCUAUGAUAGGAUAAUGCAUUUCCGAGUAUAGUGGUAGGGUUUUUCGUUGUUAGCUCUUUUGAAUAUGGAACACUUAAUCUAUUACAUAUUUGAUAGGAGAUCAGUAUCCCGAUUUUUAGUUGAAGGGAUUUUAUAAAAUUAUCACAAUAAUAAUAAUAUUGAGAGCAUGGAUCAGGGCGUUAUAUAAAUAACAUAAUUAUGAUGAAAUACACAUAUUAUGAAUAAUGUCUGUAAAUAUUAGGUUUAAUAAUUCAUUUGUAUCUCGGAAAACGAGAAUAGAUUAUUGUAUUUUUAUGGAUAAAUACGUACUAAGUAAA